AUGUUCCCCAACCAGCAGCUUAUGCGUGAGGCCAGCACGUCUGGACAAAUGACCUUAAAGCCUAAUAUUGCGAAGAUAGUGGCAGCGAUGCCCGAAUCAGUGGAUGUGAUCGUUGAAGGCGCCGGAUUGAGCGGCCUCUCGGGUGCUGGUGCUGGAAGCCAUUAUCGGUUUACCGACGCUGACGUGAAAGAAAUCGGCGUUUUCUAUAAUCACAUCGACGACAUCGGUCGUGAACUCGACCUGGCCGAUCCAUCAGCUCUUACAAAUCCAGCAGAAUUGGACACACUGACACAGGGAGAGUACUGCAACAAGACUUUUGGCCGCGACUCGAUUGCCGCGGUAACGGCGAAUGCACUCACUCGGGCGCCACUAGGGACAGAGUCCAGCGAGCUUAGUGUCCUGUUCUUUGUCGGAUACUGCUGGAGCGGUUGCGGGCUGCAUUCCCUCACGUCGGAUGGGAGGGGAGGUGGGCAGUCUCUCCGGGCCAGACAAGACGAUCUCCAAGUCACUCGCGACCGGGCUGAAGCCUGGUGCGGUGCGACUGUCGACACCUGGCUCCAAGAUCUCCUACGCCGGAUCAGAAAGGUGCACCGUCACCUCUAUCUCCACGGCAACGACCUACCAUUCCAAAAAGGUCAUUCUAUCAUGUCCGACGCCGAUGUACAGCAGGAUCGAACUCUCACCUUCCCUGCCCGCCAUGAACACAAGAUUGUCUAG